CAGUCGCUCCGUCUAGCUCGCAGUUGCAAUAAUGUCGUCGGUCUGAUCGCAACGCAUCGGACAAGUUGGCGAGAGCAGCCGCGUGUGAGUCGCUGUCGUUUGGUGCUCUGUAGCUAAGGGUUGUACAUCCGACCCGGUCUUAACGUACUCAAGCCACCUGGUGACAUUUAUUUGAGCUUUAGGAGGCUCACGAAAAGGGUCGCUCCCUGCUACCGUGUGUAGCCAGAGAGGAGGGCGAACGCUAACCACUUGACGCGGCGGGUUGGGCGAUUUAUUUGUUUAUAUCAAUAAUCUCGCGGUUCGGAAGUGGGUUGCUCCAAAAAGGGAGAAGAGAGUGUGUUUGUGUCUGUGUCUGUGUCUAUGUGUGUGACCCCACUGUGCUAAAGUGCCUGUACUACAAGCGUCAGUACCAGUACGCUUCACGCUUUGUGACGGGCGUCCGGAAGUAGUGAGGCAUAAAAUAUCAUUACACAAAGCAGUACAGCAACAGCAAAAAACAAGCAUCCAUUCAGGAAGCGGGCCCUGAAGAGACAACCAAAUUUGUCAACUUCAUUAUAAAGCGGCUCGGCCCACAGGUGUACGGUGUACUGUUUUUGUUUUGGUGCUGGAAAUAAAAACCCCCCUGAGGGAACGCUCGCUGGUGGUGUGUGGAUAGAAAGUGAACGGAAAAACGAGUCAUACGCUGAGGUAAAUGUUUCGGAGUGGGAGUGCUGUUUAAGGGAGUGCCGAAGAGUGCGUGAGAGUAGCAAAGUAUUUUCACGACUCUAAGAAGUGACGAGAAUCGCUGGUGCGUGCGUGCGAAGCGUCUUUUUUGCAACAGGUUGCAUACCUUUAGGCUGAGAGCGAGCGAGCGAGCGGCAAGCGACAGAAUGGCGUCGUUACAGAAGUUCUUGCGAUCGUGUCUCGCCGUGCUGUUCGUCGUGUCGGUAAGCCUUGCGGGCGGUGAGACGAGUGACGCCACGGUGACGGAGAGGGAGCCACCGGUCAAAAGCUCGUCAAUGCCACCGCCGGCGGUAAUGCCGCCAGAGUACAACGAAAACAAGUUUCUGAAAUAUCUGUUCAACAAGUACGGCAGCAAGGGAGUGAUCUCGUUCGAGGGUUUGGAGCAUCUGAUGCACAGCCUCGGGCUCGGCGGGCUGUAUUUCACCGGUUCGCACUCGCUGAAGGAGCAUCGCCCGGAUGGGUACGAUUUCAGGGACUAUGAUAUAUAUGACGGCGUGAGUCAACACGACCACAACCACCAUCAUGACGACGAUGGGGACGGUGAUGCUUCGACACCGGAACCACCGGUGAUAACGUACGCAAACGCUAAAGUGAGCACCGGCGGUGGCGAUCAACGGCCCCGGACAUCUGCGGACCAUCACCAUAAUCAUGCCGACCUGCCACACGAGCCACAAGGACAGGUGCUCACCACAGCUUCCUCAUCCGGUGCCGUAAACCGUGAUGAUCGCGGGUCUUCGGCAAACACUACCGACGCGGGCAGUGUACAGCCACGAUCUGUCAGCACGGUAGUGCAGGAUAGGAGCACGUCCGAUGAAGAGAAUGAUCACGUGUGGCAGGAACUUAUCUUCAAAGACAUGCACGAUCCGAGGCAUCGUCAUCCGCGGAACAAAAACGUGCCAUUCUGCUUAUCACCCAUGUCCAUCGUUCACCUGGUGAUGGAGGAACCGCUGCUUGCCAGACAUCACAACUUGCGCAAGGCAAGAUCGCUGCCCCACAGCCAUGCGGCUCACGACUCACACACGGAGGAUGAGAUCGAUCCCGAUGCGCGCAUCGAAAUCACGCCGUCCGAGUUUAAGGAUCUUUGUCCAGCGUUCCUGGUGCAGCUAGAUCAGCGGGCCUGCUCCCAGAAGCUUCAGAAGGAAAGCAAUCCCCAUCGGGAGAAGAAAACGUUUUCGCAAGCAUGGAUCUACGCCACCGCCUGUGUGCUGAUCAUUUCGCUGUGCGGUUUGGUCGGUGUCGCAAUGGUCCCGCUCGCUAAAUCCAUCGCGUACGAUGAUAUAUUGCGAUUCCUAAUCGCGCUAGGCGUCGGUACACUUUGCGGGGAUGCACUGAUGCAUCUGCUGCCCCAUGCACUGCUCCCGCACGGUGACGACGGUGGUGAGCAUCAUCACGAUGCGCACGACCACGGUGCGGACGCCGAGCUCGAUCACCACGGGCAUGAGCAUCAUUCGGCGGAAACGCGAGCCAUGUGGUUGUGCCUGUGUGCCUUCGGUACGGCGUUCUUUAUGUACAGUUUGGAGAUGAUAUUACCGCUAUUCCGCGACGGGGAGGAUGCCCACUCACACCAUGGGCAUUCACACGCGCCAAGCUCGAAUCGAGUUGAGCCGAAAACGGUUCCGUCUCACACCGCUAGCAACAAUCAGCACUCGCACUCGGGCAAUCAUCAUCAUCACCAUCAUCACAACCACCGGGGUGAUGACAUCGAGUUGGAUAUGACGGACGGUGGUGCGAAAGAUAAGGAAGCGAAAACGAUGCUCCAAAAGAAGACGGUCCGCAAACCGAUGGCGGCGGUAGCGUUUAUGGUUAUAUUAGGCGAUGGACUGCACAACAUCACGGACGGUUUGGCGAUCGGGGCAGCGUUCGCGGUGGAUCCUGUAACGGGGCUUGCCACCUCGUUCGCUAUCCUCUGCCACGAGCUGCCCCACGAGCUAGGUGACUUUGCACUGCUGCUUCAAACCGGUGUCAGUAUUAGGAGAGCUAUCUUCCUCAAUAUCGUAUCUUCCGUGCUUAGCUUCGUUGGCAUGGCCCUCGGAUUGUUGCUGACGGGACUGCACGAAUCGGUCGUCAGCUGGAUCUAUGCGGGAACGGCUGGCACCUUCCUGUACAUAGCGCUGUCCGAUCUGGUGCCGGAGAUGCGCAACGAUGUAGCUAAAAGCGAGCAAAAGCUGAAGGUGAUUCUGAUCCAGCUAACCGGGCUAGCGCUGGGAGCUAUCAUUAUGCUGUUGAUCGCGUUGAACGAGACAGGACUGCGGGCGCUGUUUGAUUAGAGCAGGCGCGCCGUAGAGUAAGAUUCAGUAUUGUACAUAACGUUAGAACAAAAUAGAUUGUACUUUUUUAUACAUUAGUGAAAGAAGCUUGGUGGGGAUGUUUUUGGAGGAAAUUUGAUCGAAAUACAAGAAAAACCCGAUUCUAUAUCACUCAAA